CUGUGGGAAAGUGUGCGAAUUGAGCACCCAUACAUUAUCAUGUUAAUUGUAAUGGGAGGAGGCAGGAGGGGGAGGUCUAUAUAAAUAAAACGGGGGUAAAUGGGAUACUUAGCCUACAUUUCGUCGUAUUUGUUAUAAGUUUCACUCAUCCACAAAACUUCAUCAGGUGUCUUUUAAGUCUGAGCAGAAAGAUAAGUCGAGAGCGUUUGGCACAUUAGCUCGGCCUAUAGGCUACAAUAAACGGUACAAUCUGAAAAUGACGCCUUCAAACAUUGGACAUGUUCCUGAGAAGAAUUCCACCCCUAAAGAAGAACGCAAGCUUCGAAAACCUCUAAUUGAGAAGAAACGGCGGGAGCGAAUAAACUGCAGUCUCGAGCAGCUAAAGGGCAUCAUGGUGGAUGCUUACAACUUGGAUCAAUCCAAACUGGAGAAGGCAGAUGUUCUGGAAAUUACAGUACAGCAUAUGGACGGUUUACAGCGGGGCCAUGGAACAGGGGACUCUGGCUCCACCAUGAACUUUGACUCUCGUCAGCGAUACAGCACCGGCUACAUCCAGUGCAUGCAUGAGGUACAUAACCUGCUCCUCAGCUGCCCGGGCAUGGACAAGACCCUUGGUGCCCGCCUGCUCAACCAUCUGCUGAAGUCCUUGCCCCUUAUCAGUGGUGAGAGUGUGGCCACAGGCACAGCCAAUGGUAGUCCAGGGCCGAACAGCCGUAGCCGUAGCAACAGCCCCGAUUCUUUCUCCCCCACCCCCACUCGCCUCUCUCUUCCAUCGACUGCUUUUCAGCAGCAACACCCCUCUCUCUCCCUGCCCUCCUCGCCCUCUCCUCCUCCAACACCCCAGGGCCCCAGCAGCCCCAGCAGCCCCAGCAGCCCCCACCCCUCUCCUGGAAUUUCCCUACUGAAUGAGGGGUGGAUUGGUGGUCCAGGGAGGGACAGACCUUCCCCUUCAAGCUCCCCCUCCCCCUCCCCCCAGCCAGGACACGCUCACCCUGCCCUGCCCCCACUCUUCCCAGUGGGGGAUCCCUCAAUGUGGAGGCCAUGGUGAGGGGGCAAGGAUCUCAUCCCUCGGCCCUCCUCCCCACACUUGUCAUCUCUCUCAGACCUCCUUCUCAGCAAUGUUCCCCCC